AUGUUGAUGAAAUGUGAAAUUUGAUUGAAAGAUUAUCACUUUUUGCCUCGUUUUGAUGAUUUUUAAAAAAAUCAAUUAAAAUUGUUUGAUUGAUUGAAAUUAAUUUUGUUAGGAGAGAAUUUGAUUCGAGUGAGAGAGAUUAAAAUCAACGAUAACCAACAACAACAACAAAUGAUAAUUAUCAUCGUUUAACAACAUUAUCUAUCUAUCUUUUUGCUGCUGCCGAUUGUUAUUGUCAAAAGAUUUUCCAUUUCGAAAUUCCAUAAAUCAUUUUAUUUAUUGUUCUUUUUUGGGAAAAACAUCUUUGAAAGAAUCGAAAAUGCAAACGAUUAAAUGUGUUGUUGUUGGUGAUGGUGCUGUUGGUAAAACUUGUUUGCUCAUUUCAUAUACAACAAAUAAAUUUCCUUCCGAAUAUGUGCCUACUGUUUUCGAUAAUUAUGCCGUUACUGUUAUGAUUGGUGGUGAACCAUAUACAUUAGGUUUAUUCGAUACAGCCGGACAAGAAGAUUAUGAUCGUUUACGACCAUUAAGCUAUCCACAAACGGAUGUAUUUUUAGUUUGUUUUUCGGUUGUAUCACCAUCAUCGUUUGAAAAUGUUCGUGAAAAAUGGGUACCCGAAAUAACACAUCAUUGUCAAAAAACACCAUUUUUAUUAGUUGGUACACAAAUCGAUUUACGUGAUGAAGCAUCAACAAUUGAAAAAUUAUCCAAAAAUAAACAAAAACCAAUUACAAUUGAAGCGGGUGAAAAAUUGGCUAAAGAAUUAAAAGCAGUUAAAUAUGUUGAAUGUUCAGCAUUAACACAGCGUGGAUUAAAAAAUGUAUUUGAUGAAGCAAUUUUGGCUGCAUUGGAACCACCACAACCAAAACGUAAACGUAGAUGUACUAUAAUCUAGAUCAACAAGAUGGCGAAAGAAAGAAAGAUAUUACAAACAAAAAAUAUUUUCUCAAAACUAAAAAUUCUUCCGGAUGAUGAUGAUGAUGAUUUCAUCGAUAAUAAUAAUAAUAAUAAUAAUGAUCAUUGCAACAACAACAGAAAAACGUCAACAACAGAAACCUUUCCUUCCUUCACUUU